AUGGUGUUUACAAGACAGAGCUAUAAAGAGCUGGGAAUUCCCCUCAUCAAAGCGGCUGAACCCUCUACAAGAGGAAGGCAGGUGAAAAUCUCACAAUAUUUUAAACCGAAAACAGACAAAAUAAAUAAUGCUGACAAACGACACCCCCACGAAUGGUCCAUAGACCGUACCAGGUACGGGGAGCUAAUGGAAACAGAUGAAGAAGGGGUGGGAGUCAGUCUGGCAAUGGAAAUAAAACAAGCUGCCAUAGAAGAUGAAACCUCAGUGAAUCAACCGGGGCUGGAGCAGGAACAAGAGUCACAAGAGGAAAACCCAGUAAUUAAGACAGAUGAGCCCUCCCAGGGACCAGGGCCCGGGGAGAAGACGGGGUUUCACACUGUGACGAAUGGGGACCCGGAGGACACAAGAGCCCAAUAUCUGGACUUGGAAUGCCUUCCCUACAUACUAACAGGGCUAUAUAAUGAUCUGUUAAAUGAACAGAAGUCGCAGAUAGGCAGAGAUCUGGGUCACAUCAAAGACUUCCUCUCAGAAUGCUUGGGCCUACUUACCACUUUGACUGAAAUAACUAGGAGAAUAGACAACUUGCAUUCAUAUAAAAUUCUCUCUAGCACACCAAACGAUAACACCAGUAAGGAAAAUAAAACCCGACAUAAUGUGGAAAAAAGGAAAACAUCUAGGAUCAAAGCAAACCAGAAGGGAAACUUAAUUGACCCUAAGAAACCCCUCUUAAAGGGGAAGUGCCCCAGGAAUAAAGAGAAGAAGCCCAAGAACGUAAAAAUGGGAAGGAAGACAAAGCUCCCAUCUCGAACAAAGAAAAUGAACCUCACAAGACUAUUUAAGCUAUUAGAAAAUUCAAAUCCAACGAACCCAGCUAACCUAGUCCUGCCACCCCUUGAUAAAAGCCGAAGCCCAAGCCCAAAUAAAAACCUCCAUAAGGCUGGGCUUUUCAAUUCAACAGAGGAACUCCAUAAGGCUAGGCUUCAUAAUUCAACAGAGCAACUAGCGCUCCCGAAUGGAACCGCGGGAAAAUCAAGAGAAAACCCGAUCCCUAAGCAAGAAACUACUCCUAAAACAACAUACUCUCGCAGAAAUCUAAUUCUAAACAAACAAAAACUCAUCAUCCUACCUGUAUACAUGCACAAAGACCUCCUUUCUCCAGCACAACAGAGAAUUUAUAUUCUCAAGAAAACUGAAUUAGCCGUUAGAGGGUUCGUCCCAGCAGAAAACAUCAUUAAUGUUAAAUUUCUGCCAUCAGACAAGGACCUAAACAGAGUUGUGGUAACAUUCAGAGACUGGCACACAACCAAACUAGUUUCAGACAAUAAGGACAAGCUACAAAGGGUUGGAUUGCAGGUGACUCGCCUAUUCGAAGUGUCCGGUACUCCCACUCCUCUCAUCGAAACAAUCAAGACUGAUAAGAUAAAAAUAAAGCCGACAAUGUCUAUGACGGACGAGAACUGUAAGAUGCUUCAACUAGAGGCAGACAAAGCCCCAAACCAGCUGGCUAAAAGACCAAAAACCCUAUCCCCAAAUCACGUACCAGAUGAAAGCUCCAACAUAGAGAAGGAAAACCGCUUCAUAGCAACUAUUGAACAAAUACAUAAAGCUCAGGACGCACUAAUUGAAAGAUUAGCAUCCAUAAGGAAAACUAUUACACUCCUAGCCACACCCGUCACCAGGGAAUUUAACUAUGCAACCUAUACCACAAAACCUCUAUCCAACAGUGAGUGGAUACUAAGGCUAUUCCUAUCGCCAGAGGAACUCGGACCUACGGAACCACCUAUAACAAAGAAAACAAUAACACAUCAAGCUGAAAUAGCGGUACCACCAGGCAAGAACGGUUCAAUCUUUGUGGACAACCUAGGAGCCCUAGACACCAUCCACACGGACUGA